AUGAAUGAGCUGGAGAAGUUAUUAAGUAAAGCUACAAACCCGAUAUCAGAUCAGUAUGACUCUGACACCGUGAAUGAAAUUGCAAAGCUGAUUGAUACUCAACCUAAUGGUCCAAUCUUUACUCUUCGACUUCUUGCCCAUAAAAUUAAGUCUCCACAUGAAAAAGAAGCUCUUAGCUCUUUAAUGCUGUUAGAGUUUUUAUCCAAGCGCUGUGGUCCAACAUUUAUAUCUGAACUCGGAAAGUUCAAGUUUCUCAACGAGCUAAUCAAAGUUCUCUCGCCCAAGUAUCUUGGUGACCAGACAUCUUCAUGUGUAAAAAACAAAUGUGCUCAGUUGCUUCAUAAUUGGCAACGUGAUUUCUCACCAAAUGAACCGAAGUUUGCUGAGGCAUACAAUAUGCUUGUUCGAGAAGGUAUUAUAACUGCAAGUCAGAUAGUUUCUACUGACUCUGUUUCAGAGAUUUGUCGCUCAGGCUCUUCAGCCGCUGAAAAUAGGCAAAAUAUUUUUGAACGUAACAAAAAAUCAGAGCGUUUAACCCAAUUACUUCGUAGUCGUAACCCAGCUGAUUUACGUGAAGCGAAUGCGCUUAUCAAGAGUAUAGUUGAAGAAGAUCAAGUACGUAUGGAAAAAGUAAGCCAAAGAACUAGUGAAAUGGAAGCUUUAAGGAACAAUACAAUAUUAUUAGAAGAAAUGAUUGGGACAUAUUUAUUAGGUGAAAGUACUGAGGCUGAAUUAGAAUUGAUGAGUGAAUUGACACAGAAUAUACGUAGAGCACGUCCAUUAUUAUAUAGUUUCUCUUUAACACAUGAAGAACAAGAUAUUGAAACAUUGACUGAAAUUGGUCAAAUAUGUGACAGAGCUAGUGAAGUUUUAGCAAAUUAUGAACAAAAGAUAGCCAAACAAAAGUCAUUAUCCUCAUCAAAAUCAUCAUCUAUAACUAAAGAUAAUUCUUCUUCCCAAUUAUCAUCAAAUGAAAAUCAAUUGUCAUCAUCUAAUCAUAUUACUGAUCUUUUAACACAAGAUUUAAUGAAUUUAGGCUUAUGUGAUGAUUCAAUCACACCUAUCCCAUCUUCUAAUGCUAAUCUAUACUCUCCAGAUGUUUUAUUAUUGAAUACUUCAAAUUCAUUUCUUGUUAAUCAUCUUCAUAAUUCGUCAUGUAAUCAAGUAUCGCGUCCAAUUGAACCAAAAUAUUCAUUAAACAGUAGUAAUAAUAAUAGUAACAAUUUUAUUGGUAAUAAUCCUGGUAUUAGGAAAAAAUCAAACUAUGAUGACUUACAGGAUAUUUUUUCUACAAAUGCUACUAAUACUUCUACUACUACUACUACUACUACUACGACUUCUGGGUCAUCAGUACUCUCUACUUCGUCAACGCUUUACCCAUCAAUAUUCAGUUCUGUAGACUCCAAAACUUCGAAACAAUCCUUGUCUCCUGAACAUGGAUCUUCUGUAAAUUCCAAUCCCAACGUCUUCAGCGAACUAGAUUGUUUGAGUCGUCAAAUGCUUAACUUAUCAAAAACAAAUGCUUUGACAGAUACAAAUCUAUCAAUAUUACUAGCAAAUAAUUCUCCAAGUAAAAUAAAACCCGAUGGUGAUGAUGAUGAUGAUAACACAUCCCUAUGUAUUAAUGACGUAGUUGUAAGCAUGAAUAACACUCCCACCAGUAAUAAUCACAAAAUGGAAGAAGUAACACCAUCAGAGGUUACAACACAAAGUGUAAUUGAUCUUAAAUCAUUUGAUAUUCAACUUUCUUCCGUUCAACCUCAUUCAAUACAUAAAACACCAUUGACACUUUAUCCAACUGAUAUAUCACAAGAGAAUGACAGUAAUGAUAAUACUUAUAACAUACAAUUAACACUACAUUAUGCUAAUAAUAAACCACAUCCUGAAGUGAUGGUUUUUGUUGCUGUUAUAUCUAGUCGAAAUGUUUUACCCAUUACUGAAAUCAAUGUUAGAUUUGGUGUUGAAAAGCCUUUUAAAAUACGACAACUUAUUGCAUCUGGACAAAAUCUUCCAUCUUAUACAACAUUUCUACCGCCUGCAUCAAUUAGUCAAGUAUUAUUAAUUUAUAAUCCAUCUAAAUUAGAAAAAUUUGUAUUGAAAUUUCAACUGUCCUUUAUAUUAGAUGGUGAAUCGAUUCUGGAAUCUGGGAAGUUAGAAUUACCAUGCGGUUGACAUUAUUAUUAUUAUUAUUACUACUACUAUCACUAUCACGAAUACCACCACCACCACCACCACCACCACCACCA